GAAGCAAGCGCCAUGUCUGGACGUCUCAUGCCGAUGACGCGUGCGCCUCCCUCGGCCAAUAAAAGAGCCGUUUGUCGCUGUAGCUACCAGGCUAGGCUAACCAAACGUUAGAGGAAGGUUGUGUCCGACUCACAGAAGUCCAAAAUGACGUAUAGGAGAGACCGGAGUAUACGAGAGGUGUACGAUGAACGCUUUUUAACAGAGAGACCAGAACAGGCAGUGAAAGGCAUAGACAGUGAGUUAGGUUUACUCCAUCAGAAGUGCCUGGUGGACUUUCUACUUCAACGGUUAUGUCAGGGUCCAUACCCACGGGCAUCUGGAUCAGUGGAGAGGAGGGGCCCUUUUGGCAGGCCAGAGGAUGACUAUAGUGGCCGCAGUGGGUACGAUGGAUAUGAAGGAGGUCCGCGCUUUUUCCCGAAUGGAGGAGGCCCACGAAAUUACCAUGAAGAUCAGAGGGGCUAUCAUAACGACGGUCUUCAUUUCCCUGCUGAACGGAGAACUGGUCCACCUUCGAGGAGGGAGGAGUAUCCUUACAGAGGACCCAGGGAAGACCCACACCCAGGACGACCUAUGGAGUUUGGUGCCCGUGCACCUCCGCCUCAUGGCGUGCGAAACCAGGGCAUCUACCCAGCACCCAGAUCACUUCCAGAGAGCGGCGAAGACACACUAGUGCAAGCCAUCCUCAACCUGGACAGAGGAGAGGACAGAGACCACUACAGGAGAAAGGCAGCCCCGUUCCCACCAAUCAGAGAGCGCUCCCCUGUCCGCCGCGAGGUGGCCCGCUCCCCCCACAGUCGCUCCGGCUCCAGUGUCAGCAGCAGAGGCUACUCACCUGACAGAGCCAAGAGUCUGCCAUUUCCCACACAGCAAGGCAAGAGUGUGGACGGUCCAGAGGGUUACGCAGGUGUUUCAGAGCCCCCCCUCUGGGGGGCACUCUUUCCUCAACAGACUGGACAUGACACUUUGGGAUAUGAAGAGACUUAUUCUCAGAGCAAGAUGGCCGACAAAAUUCCUGGCCUGUCAAGAGAAGGCUCCCCGCACAGCGCAACCUCAAUCAAGGAGGAGAACCAUCCCCCAGAGGGAGAAAAGGAGGAGCUGCUGGUGGCUCCAGUCGUGGAGGAGAGCCAAAAGUUGUCUGCGGACAACUUCCAAGAGCGGCGAGCUCUAGCCAUUGCAGCCAAAGCUCAGGCGAUAGAGAAGGUGUACCGUCAGGACUGCGAGACAUUUGGCAUGGUGGUGAAGAUGCUUGUGGCUAAAGACCCCAACCUGGAGAAGCAGGUGCAGGUUCCUCUCAGGGAGAACCUCGGGGAAAUCCGUGAACGUUGCCUGGAGGACCUCAAACACUUCAUCAGUGAGCUGGAUGAGGCAGUUCGGCAGCCAGAACCUUCCGUCUGUGACUCGAUCACCACAGCUACAGCCCUGACGGGUCAUAAACUUUCAAAGAAUGCAGUCAAUCACAGCUCGUCUUACUGACACACUGGCCUGAUCUGCCCUCUGUGAGACUGAGCAUGGUAGGCUUGACUGCUGAAGACGAUGGAUAUCUUGGAAACGUUUUGAAUUGCUGGACCUAAAACAAUUCUACUGCACAGCAAGAUGGUGAAGAUGCAGUGAUGCAUUGUAUGUGGGAAUGAACAGUGUUAGUUUUGAACAGACCAUUUGUACUUUCAAGUUCUGUCAAAUGAUCUUAAUAAUAACUGUCAAAUGUUGGCAAAAACACUUAUUUAAAAAGCUCUGUCUCACAUCACAAGGGAACGGUUUAACAUUAUUUAACCAGUUUUGAUAAAAAAAUGUGUUCAGCAUGAUCAUACUUUUCCCAAGGAAGACAAUGUUUUGUACUAUUUUCAGAUAGGAGUUAUCAUUUUGUAGCAGUCGGAUGUAUGACCUGGUGCUGCUAAAUUUAUUGUUUAUGUUCUUGUAUAAAUUUGUACUGCCUGUUCAGUUCCUUUUUAUUGUGUUGUCUCAUUUUGCCUUUCAAACUUUAUGCCCCCCCACUCCCUCUGGGAAAAUCAGUCACAAAGCUUAAUUAUUUGGUGAAAUUGAGACAAAGUUUUGCAUAAACUGAGAUGUCUCUGAAGGAUGUAGUAAAGAUGAUUUCUGUUAA